AGCAGCCGGCGAUGGCGGCGAGGACGCUCGCCCGAGCGCUCCUGCGGCCGGCGCUCGCCCAGCGGGUGCCGCCGAUCGGCAAGGGCCUCGCAAACGGUGGUGAUCCGAUGAGCCGCGUCAUGCAAAUCCGGAAGCUGAAUGACGGCAUCAACCGCCCCUUUGCUGAAAACGAAUUUGCAGGCGGUGACAGGAUGGGUGGAAUUGGUGGAAUCACAGGCGGUGACAGGAUGGGUGGAACUGGUGGAAUCACAGACGGUGACAGGAUGGGUGGAUUCAGCAGCGGUGAAAGGAGGAGCAUAUUUAAUGUCGGUGACAGGAUGGGUGGAUUCAACGAUGGUGACAGGAUGGGUGGAAACGGUGGAUUUACACCUGGUGGCAGGAUGGCUGGUGGAUUCACUCCCGAUGUUAGGAUGGGUGGAAAUGGUGGAUUUGCACCUGCUGGCAGGAUGGCUGGUGGGUUCACACCCGGCGGCAGGACAGGCCGCUUCAACAUGGACCUGCUGCAGCCGACUGGCCAGCGAGUGAAGCGCGACGUGCUCCACAUCACGCAGAAGGGGAAGAAGACCUUUGUGACGGUGACGGACAUCAAGGGGAACAGGAAGGCUGGGGCCUCCGCGGGCUGCCUGGAGGACCGAAAGGGGCGAUCCCGCCUCGCCCGGUACGCCGGCGAGGCGACAGGGGAGCACAUGGGGCGGGCCGCCAGGAAGAUGGGCAUCAAGUCGGUCGUUGUGAGGGUGAAAGGGUACUCCUUUUUCAGGAAGAAGAAGAAGAUAGUCAUGGGCUUCGCGGACGGGUUCCGGGGCGAGAGGGUGAGGACCCAGACCCCUAUCAUGUACAUCCAUGAUGUGACCCAGCUCGCGCACAAUGGGUGCCGACUGCCCAAGAAGACAAGGAAGUAAUAAGAUUGACUGAUGGCCCAGCUGGAACAAGGGAGAAAAGUGAAAUCCAUGUAUCCUGUCUGAAGGAGAACCGAAGAAGGAUCUGUGUUGGUUGGUUUCCUAAUAAUGAUACCAUGAGCCUAGAAAUAUUUAUGAAUAUUAGACAGUCUUAGGCCUCGGCUUUUGUAAGAUGAAAGCAUUUUUGUCAUUUUCGGUAAUCUUUGCUGAAGUUGUGUUACUUAGCUAGCUAAAUUCCUCAUGCUACUGGUUUUAUUUUGUCUGAGCUGGGAUUUCCUUGUGCUUGUGUGUUGAAACAUGAAGAGCUCUGGUGCAGUUAUUUU